ACUCUAAAGUCUAAAACCCUAAAACUCCUUUCUCCAACCUCCAUCACCGAAGUUUCUGUUCUAUUUGCUUGGAUAAAGAUGUAUCUCCAGUUCUACAUAAAUGACAAUGGUGACAAAGUCUACACCACUAAGAAAGAAUCACCAGUGGGGCUGCCCACUCAGUCUGCUCAUCCAGCUCGUUUCUCCCCCGACGACAAAUAUUCGAGGCAAAGAGUUCUUUUGAAGAAACGUUUUGGUUUAUUGCCAACCCAACAGGCACCUCCAAAGUACUGAUGGAUUGAACGUGUUGCUGUACUUUUAUGAAUCUUUAUUUUUAGGGCACCAAUGCACCUCCAAAGUACUGAUGGAUUGAACAUGUUGCUGUACUUUUAUGAAUCUUUAUUUUUAGGGCACCAAUGAGUGUCUCUGGCUGUAAAAUGCUGUUUUCUUGUUAUUUCAUGGAGUCUUUUAAUUAUUUUGAUUUAAAGCUACCGAGAGUUUAAUUGUCUGGU